UCUUCUAGGAAUGGACAGUAUCAGUUUAUAUCAGAGACACCUGCAGCUUCCCACUCAGCUUUGCAAAGAACCCAGCCCCUGUGCUGCAGAUUCCUGUGUGACCACAGAACAUGAGAGUGCUCAGCCUCGGUGGGAGGACUGUAAGGGAUUAAUUGCAUGCAGGCUGCUGGUUUCAUUUUCAUUCUCUGGGCUGCUCUUCUCAAUGAAUCAUCAGACUCUGAAUGAGUUUCCACAAACCUCCACCGUGGGUAUCUUCACGCAAAGAUUUCAGUUGUCGUGUGGCAGAGCGACGGGUUCCAAUUUCUGCUCUCGACCUGCCUCGGAAAGCACUAGCUGCAAGUGUGUGGGCCGGGGCGUGGAGCAAACCACCAGAACAGGAGACAUCAGAGCAGCUUCAAGAACCACGGGCUGUUAAUUGCACAGAUGUCUCAUGAAACGGAAAGACCCAGUGUCCAAACUUCCCCGAUCAUCCCCAAACCUCGGGAAGGAAGGGCUCACUACGCAACCUGGGGCUUCAUUGUUCUCUGCAUCUUUGCCCUGUAUCACAUGGAGCAGUCCUGGCACCAUCCCGCAGAGUACAUCACCUUCUACUUCGCGGCCCUGCAGAUCGGAGCUCUGCUCAGAGGGGUUUGUAACUUCAUGGAAGAGAUUUGGCACAUGCAAUCCAGAUACCGCAACAGCUGGUGGAGGGUGGUGGUUGCCUGCCUGAGCCCGAGUCUGCGCCGCCAUAUGCUCCUGCUGCUGAUCAGCAUCUGCGCCCACAUGGCCCUGUUCGGCGAGACUGAGCUGCAGCUCUUCCUCAACCUCAUCCUCCUCUGCCUCUGCCAGCUCCUCAGCUUCGCCUUUGGGCUUCAGAGUCCCUCUGCAGUGGAAAUGUCUGAAAUCUGUGAAAAGAACAACCGCAACGUAGCACAUGGACUAGCCUGGUCUUACUAUGUGGGGUAUUUAAAGUUAGUUCUGCCACGCCUUAAAGACUUGAUCAGUGAGUUCAACAGAGCCAAUAACAAUGUGCUGAAGUGCAAGGAGACCUGGAAAUUGCACAUCCUUCUCCCGGUGAGCUGUGAGAUAUAUGAUGACCUGCAGAAGGCUGACAGCCACAUUCAGUACUGGAAGGAUCUCCCGGCGCUGCAGCUGGACCGUGCUGGCACUAAAUGGAGAAGCUACAAACAAAGCAUCUAUACAAUUUUGGGUGAAGACAAAAAGCUGAAUUACUGCAUUGUGGAAUACGCCCCCCCGCUGCAGUCCCUCUAUGCUAUGUCCCAGGAUGAAAGUGCCGCCUUCAGCAGGGAGGAUCGCCUGGAGCAAGCCCAGCUCUUCUGUAGGACCUUGGGGGAGAUCUUACAGCACUCCAAGGAAUGUGCGGGCUGCUACCGGCUCAUUGUGUAUGAGGAAUCGGGAGACAACGACAGCCAUUUCCUGUCAAAGGAGAUCCUAAGGCACAUCAGACAGCAGCACUUGGAGGAAUACACCAUGUGUGAGGGGAAUCACGAGUCCACCACCUUCCUCUCAACAGAGCCCAAUAUCCUGAUCAGUGACUCGGAGCUACCCGGGCCUCUGCGGAGCGAUGGCUUCUGAAACGUGUGGGUGGGACUGGCAGGUUACUCUCUCUUCAAGCCAGUGGCAUAGCCAGGUUCUAAGAGCAGGGGGAGCAAACAUAAAAAAGGCACCCCCCCUUGGCUCUUCCUCUGGCCACACCUCCCUUGGCUCCUCCUCCGGCCACUCUGCGCCCCCCUCUUUGGCUCCUCCGGCCACGCUGCGGCCAUGAUGCGCCCCCCCCCUCCUCCGGCCGCGCCGCCUCCCUCUUGGAGUCUUGGACCCAACCCCCGGAGCAGCGCUCGGCAGCAUCCCGGGCCCCCACCCUCCCAAGGGGCUUCCGAACCACUUGUGGCGACUGGCAGCUCCGUCCGCCUCGUCCCCCACCUCAUUGCUGGCUUGAAAAGACUUCUGUGCACACCGCCCUCCGCCGCCUCCCCCUGGUCUCUGGGGAGAUUGACUUGAGGAGAAAGGGCAGCCCCUAAGGAAGCAUGGAGGGGGAACUCUCACCUGACCAACGCCAGCCUGAGCGCGGGAGACGCCGGGCAGGCUUCAGCAGCGCUUCUAAGCGAGAGAGGCGAACUGUGUCCUGAAAUAACCCUGCAACUAGGGCAGCGGGGGGCAGGGGGAGUAAUGGGCUGAAAGAGGAGAGCGGGAACGAGCCCGGGCUCUGUUUCUCUUUCUGUUCCCUGGGCCAUCCUGGUUGGCUCCUCCGGCCGUGCCGUGCCGCCCCCGCGGCCCCGGCCCCUCGCAUGGCUCCUCCGGCCACGCUGCACCCCCCCCAUGGCUCCUCUGGCCAUGCUGCACCCCCCCACAUGGCUCCUCUGGCCGCGCUGCGGCCAUGCUGCGCCCCCCCUACUCCUCCAGCCGUGCCCACCGCCCCCCCCCCAUGGCUGGUGCUAUGGUAACCCCUAACUAAGGCACCGCUUUUGGAAAAUGUGCUGAGGGGAAGCUGCUGCUUCCCCUGCACCCCCCCUAGCUAUGCUACUGCUUCAAGCAUACAAAGAGAGAGGACCAAGACAGUUAGGGCCGUCCUUAGGCAUAUGCAGCAUAUACGGCUAUGUAGGGCACCCGAAAAUUUGGCGCACCCCUGGGUCUUAGUGUCCACCCUUCCACCUUUUCCUAUCCCUGUUCUGACCCUUCCUGCAGGCUCCCACCACAGCUGGCUGCUGCAGCCUGGUGAGUCUUCCUCCUGAG